AUGACUCGAUAUAAAGACAUUCUUCCAGAUCUUUCUGAUGAGGUUUUCCGUAACUUAGAUCCUAGGCACGAUCUUUUACAAAAAAGAGUAUCUGCAUAUCCUUUUGAUUCUAAAAUUAUUAACGCUAAGGACGCGGCAUUAAUAGCGAGUUGGAUUGAUAACAAACAAAAAACACCUUAUUGUUUUAAGGAUAUACCUUUUAAAUUCAAUCUUAUUUAUCGUGCAAGCCAAGAAAAUUUUAGUAUUAGUAAGUUUCAUGACAAAUGUGAUAAUAAGGGACCAACUGUGGUUAUAAUUAAAGUCCUAAAUUCAGAGGAAAUAAUUGGCGGAUAUAAUCCGUUAGAUUGGCGUAGUAACGUAGAAUUAACAAACAAUAGAGAUUGGUUACCGUCUAAUGGUUAUAAUAAUAAUUAUAGGUGUAAAACAUCAAAGAGUUUUAUAUUUUCAUUACUUUCAUUUUCAAAUGGAGCAAUUCCCCGAUUAAGUCGUGUCUCUACUAAAAACGAAGCAAUCAUUAGGUGCAAUGAUAAAGGGCCGUGCUUUGGCUUACAAGAUUUGUGGAUACAAAAUAACUCUUCACGAAGAUCUGCUAGUGGUAUAAGCAAGCAACACUCUUAUGAAAUGGGAAUUAUUGAUAAAGAUACUUUUGAAAUAGAAGAAUAUGAA